AUGUCGAUUCUUGCAGAACGAAAGCGUAAACAAAAAAUUCCAAAUGAUCCAAAUAAUUUAAAAUGGCAAAAUUCGGAAGAUUCUGUUGCUAAAAAAUUACUUGCAAAAAUGGGAUGGAAAGAAGGAAAAGGUUUAGGGAAAGAUGAACAAGGUAAUGUAGAUGGAUUAAAAGUUAAAUCAAAUCAUACACAAAAAGGUCUUGGAUGUGAUGGGGUUAAUGAUAAAGCAUGGGUUGGACAUCACGACGAUUUUGCUAGUAUUUUAGCAAAUUUAAAUAAAAAUAAAAAAGGAAAAAUUAAAAAUGAAGAAGAAAGUAGUGAUGAAGAGGAACAUGAAAAAAAUAAAGAUAACAAAUCAAAAGACAACGUACUUAACUUAGAGGAACGUGCUCGUAUAUCUAAAAGAAGAAUUCACUAUCAGAAAUUUAUUAAAAGGAAGGACUUGUCCCAGGCAACAGACGCUGAUAAACUUCAAAUAUUUGGCAAAAGUAAUGUAAAAAAAGAAAAUGAUGAAAUGGUAGAGAAAGUAGAGGUAGAAGAAAAAGAAGAAGAAAUUGUUUCUUCAAUAAAUGUGAACGACUAUUUUGCAGCAAAACUUGCAGCCUUUAAUGCAAAACGAACAGAACUUCAAUUAAGUGAAAAAAAUAACAUAAAAGAGGAAGAAAUAGAGGAAGAAUCAAUUGAAAAGCCAAAAAAGAAAAAAGCCAAGAAAAUCAAAGAAGAAAAUUUUAAUUGUUAA